GCGUUCAUUUGAGAAACACUGGUGCGGCUCACUCUCUCACAAACCGAUUGCGCGCAUAAUACUUAAAAGAAAAAAAUAGCUAUACACACAAGUCGUUGUGUUUUAACGAAACCUGCAUUAGUUCGAGCGCUGUUGAUUCAGUUGUUAUUUAGAACGUGCGGUGAAAAGAAGCACAAAUGUGUCAAAAAACAAGAAUAGAAUCCAUCGCAUUCGUUUCUGUUUCAAGAGGAUGCUUUUUUAGAAGAAAUUGACACUGUUAGCUGACGUUUGUGUUAUUGAUUUUUUUUUUGUACGGAUUUUUUUUUCGUUUCAAAAUCCUUUGCCUAGUUAUUGUGGAUAAAAAAAAUUGUCUGUGUUCAGAAAAAAAGAGACAAAAUUCAUAAGUGUUUUUGAAGAAAAAAAAGUUAUACCACAUUUUGUACAAAAGUUUGACAUUUGAUUAGUUUACAAAUACGCAGAAACGAAGGCGUUGACUGGACACAAAAAACACAAUUUUCAUGUAGUUUAAUUAAAGUCUUCAAAAAAAGAACAGAAUAUAUAACAUCUAAUAAUAAAACAUAACCGUACGUGUAAAAAUGAACUGAAGUGCAUCGAAGAAUAGCAGAAAAAUAGAGAGACAGACAGAUAGAAAGAGUGAGAGACUUGUGUGAGUGUGUUUAUGAAUUUGUUGUUUUGAAACGCAGCCAGAUAGGUCGUAACUAUGUCGGUCAAAGCGACAAGAGAUGAGAAACCGUCAACAUCAUCGUCCAUUGUCGGAUGUUGUCAAUCCAGUUCAACCACACCAGAAAAUUCAAUCGUUGAUUACAUUGAAGAAGACCUCGAAGCACCAAACAAUAACACACUCUUUCAUGCAUCCGAUGCAUUGGAUAAUGUCAACAGUGAAAAAGUGGCAUCGGCAACAGCCGCAGCAGUAAUCGAUAUCAUUGCCAAGAAAAAGGCAUCAAUUGAUUUUACAUUCCCGAAGCGGCCAAAGGUCGACAUCGAAUUCCAAAAUGUUAAAUACACCGUAAAAAAGUUUUCGUUUCAAAAUCGCCAAUUUGAGAAAAAAGAAAUUUUGCAUGAUGUGAGCGGCGCAUUUCGAUCCGGCCAGUUGACCGCUAUUAUGGGCCCUAGUGGCGCAGGAAAAUCGACACUGUUGAACAUUCUGGCUGGAUACGUUGAAACUGGUGUCACGGGCAAAAUCACAAUCAAUGGCAAGAGUCGGUCGAGUAAUUCAGAGAAUUUCCGAAACGUAUCCGCAUAUAUACAUCAAGACGAUGCGCUGCGUCCAUAUCUAACUGUGUGCGAAGCCAUGACAUAUUCUGCUGAUCUGAAAUUAGGAUUUAAAAUUACCAAAGAGUACAAACUACAGCUGAUUCACAGUAUAUUGGAGUUGCUCGGACUGGAGACGCGAUUCAACACCAAAUGCGGCCAAUUAUCCGGCGGACAAAAGAAGCGAAUGAGCAUCGCGCUCGAGCUAAUUAGUAACCCGUCAGUGAUUUUUCUAGACGAACCAACAACUGGGUUAGAUAGUUCGUCGUGUACGAGUUGCAUAUCGUUGUUGAAGCGACUGGCUCAAGAAGGUCGUACAAUCGUGUGCACCAUACAUCAGCCGAGCGCAUUGGUCUUUGAAAUGUUUGACAAAUUGUAUGCGGUCACACAAGGCAACUGCAUUUAUCAAGGUCCCAUCAAAGAACUGGUUCCAUUUAUGAGCGAUCAUGGCUUAGAGUGUCCCAGCUAUCACAAUCCGGCUGAUUUUCUUAUUGAAGUUGCGGUUGGCGAAUAUGAUGUCAAUUUGAGUAAAUUGAUGGCAGCGGCUGUGAAAAAGUACCACGAGGAACGUGAUACAUACUAUUUAGGCACAUAUAAGCGAGAUAAUUUCAUUCGAGCUGAUUCAGGCGGAAGUUUCGAUGGUGGAAAGGUGGCUGUGUAUAAAUUCAACACCAUGGACAACAACAAUGAAGAAAUGAAUGUUAAGCGAUACAGGAUAUCGCGUGGAUCCAAAGACGAUGGCACCAAAUUUCGAAUCAAAAACCAAAGCGAACGGGCAUCGGUUCUAAUGCAGUUUUUAGUACUCUUUGAUCGGAAUUUCAAAGCCAGCAUAAGGAAUGCAUUUUUGAUUUACGCUCGAAUUCUCUCGCACUUGUGCAUCGCUCCAAUGUUUGGCUAUCUCUAUCAUAACGUAGGCUAUGAUGCCACCCACACAUUCGGAAACUACGUCUAUCUCUAUGGUUCCAUCUUGCUCAUUAUUUAUACGGGGAAAAUGUCGGUCGUGUUGUCUUUUCCACUCGAGAUGGAAACGCUCCGGCGCGAGCAUUUUAAUCGAUGGUACAAUUUAAUUCCAUACUACUUUUCCAUCAUAUUGUUCGAAAUACCAUUCCAACUAUUCUGCACAUUUUUGUAUGUGUGCGGCAGUUACUUUUUGACCGGGAACUAUGUGGCUGGUGAACCGCAUCGUUUCAUUAUUUUCACCAUAAUGUGUCUAUUGGCAACAAUCUCGGCACAAUCGUGGGGCUUCUUUAUCGGUUCAACGAUGCCAAUCAAGAUUGCUGUUUUCAUCGGUCCAAUAUUGGCGGUAUUAUUUUCGGUGUUUGGAUUCUGUACGCGAUACGUUGACAUUAAUCGAAUGUUCCAAUGGAUGUGGCACAUUAGCUAUUUCCGUGCUGGUUUUCAUGGUGUCCUCGAUACCGUUUACGGUAUGAAUCGAUCUGAUUUAUGGUGUCCACCAGACACCAAAUUCAACUACUGCCAUUUCCGUAAGCCCGCGGUAUUUCUACGCGAGGUCAGCAUCAACGGCUUUGAGACAUAUCACAAUAUUUGUCUUAUGAGCGGUGUUAUCAUUACAAUGCACAUCCUAACCAUAUUCACACUUUAUUUCAAACUCAAUAAGCGAUAGAAUCCAUGCAAAAAAAAAAAACCUUAAUUUCAACGCGGUGAUAGCCAACUGUAAUUGUUCCACAAAUAUGCCCGAAAAUCACACAGAAGAAGUAAGCAAGGCAUGAAAAAAAAAAGAAUUGCCAAUUAGUUAAAAUAGACAGUGUAAAAAAGCAUGACGAUAAUACUAUAAGCAACACUUUCGAAUUAAUCAAAAAGGGAUCGUCGACUUUUCAUUUAUUUUCCAAAGCGACGAGAAUAAUUUUUUAUACAAUAUUUUGUGGUGAUAGCAACUGAAACAUAUCCGUAAUAGACACUUUUUCAACACACCAAAAUAUGCAACCAGUUUGUAGUAAAUGUGUAAAUGGAAGCCAAAAUAUGUGGCAUAAAAGAAUACCAAACAAAUAAGGAGAUAUUUUCAAGCACAACAAAACAAAACGUAUGUAAUAAGAGAAAAGAGAAACCAUUCGAUUGUCAUUAAAUUAUUCAUGAUAGAAUUAAAUUUUGUACUGCACAUAAUGAUUCAUCUAUUGUAUCGCAUUUAGAUUUAGAAAUGAAUUUAUUUUAUUAUGUAUUUUCCUAUUUAAUACGUACAAAAUAAGUAAAUAUCAAAAUAAAGAUUGGUUGAAGAAAUAAUACUCGAAAA